AACAGCUGCUUUUGUGCCGGUGGGGAUAGACGCGGCACAGCUGUUCCGCGCGAAGACAACGCCGUAGUCGCCGCAGCAUAAUAUACAACAAAAGAACGCCGUACUGUUUGAACGCAACGGAUGGAUAGAGAGAGGACUGGCAGAGCGUUCAGUGUAUGUCCGUCCGCCGUCGGCGUCUGUCGUGCUGUCUGUUUGCCGGGUACGUGCGCUCGCGCGUGUCAGUGUGUUUGUUAGUGUUCGUUUUGAAAUAAUUUCUUGUUAAUUCAGUUAGUUUAUUGUUUUUAACUCUUUGAUUUGUUUUUUAUCCGUCGGUCAACACCACCUCUCAGUGUUUUUGUUUUCGGCCGACGACUUAACGACCGGUGUCAACGAGCUCUCAACGCCGGAGCCGUAAUAAUGGGCGUAAAAUGAAAAUUCGUUAUUUCAAGUACCCGGGGAAAGCGACUCUGCUGGUGGACGGCCUGCCAUCGGCUCUGAAACAAUUGGAGUUGGACAGCGAGGCGACGGAAGACAAAAAGGCAGAACUGAUGAAUUCGUACGAAGCGAGUUGGCAGGAAUGUCGUCUGAAAUGGUGUUUGCGGUCACGGAGCAAAGAGCGUCGUCAUCCGUGGGAAAUGGCGGACGACGAGCCCGUGGAAGACGACGACGAAGAGUACGCGGGCGGCAGUUUGGGCAACGGAACGGUAAGCCGUAGGAAUCCGUCAGAAAAACGACAGGCCAGCAGUAGCGACAUCAGCAACAGUAGCCAAGAGGAACAUUUCGAUGCGUUGCAUACGCAGUCGUCGAGGCGACCCAGAGCAAAGCCUUUGAGCCGCGUGCAGAGUGUACGGCAGCCGGAAUCGGUUACCCAUCGGUACAGGACGAGACAACGAGUGGCCGCCGAGAUGGUGGACGAACAACGAGCGGCCACCGCCGCCCGAGACCUGUGUCGUUCUUCAGCGGCCAAGAUAAAAAAGAGUCUUUCCUUUAGGAACCCGGCACCCAAAAAAGUGGCAACGGGCAGCGACCGUUUUCGGUGUUCGACCGCCAUCGACGACAACGGUAAUGAUCAACAUUACCAGCAUUACCACCACCAUCGGUUGGCGUGCACCGCUCCGGCCACUGCUGUAGAGGUCGGCUCGACCACCGGGUGUGCGGAUGCGGCCGACGGCCAACAGCAACAAGACAACUUCGCCAUUCCUAGGCCGAAACUCAUAGUUCCUGUUCACACGUAUGGUCUCAGAAAACGGCGGACGGGUAACACGAUCUCAACGAACAGAACGGCCAGCGACGUGAAUACCGGCACCGUGUCGUCGUCGACAUCGGCGUCCAACAAUUGCGGCGGCAGUUCGACCGACUCCAAGAAGCACCACAAUUCCUGUCCAGAGGGACGAGUGGAAGUCAGCAGAGAAAACAAAUAUUUGAGCACUUUGGCUCCUGGAAAAGUAUUCGGUGAACUUGCCAUUUUGUACAACUGUAAACGCACUGCCACCAUAAAAGCCGCCACUGACUGUAAGCUAUGGGCAAUCGAACGGCAAUGUUUCCAAACCAUUAUGAUGAGAACAGGUCUCAUCCGUCAAACCGAAUAUACAGACUUCUUGAAGAGCGUCCCGAUAUUCAAAGACUUACCCGAAGAGACUCUAAUAAAAAUCUCAGACGUAUUGGAAGAAACUUUCUACAACGCCGGAGAUUAUAUCAUAAGACAAGGAGCACGUGGAGACACGUUCUUUAUAAUCAACAAAGGAAAGGUCAAAGUUACCAUCAAGCAGCCAAACAACACAGAAGAAAAAUAUAUCCGUACUUUACAGAAAGGUGACUUUUUCGGUGAAAAAGCUCUGCAAGGCGAUGAUUUGCGAACGGCCAAUAUUAUAGCUUGUGAUCCCGAAGGGGUUUCUUGUUUGGUCAUUGACAGAGAAACUUUCAACCAACUAAUAUCAGGGUUGGAUGAAAUUCGCACUAGAUACAAAGAUGAUGACGUUUUGGAACGAAUGAGUACUACAAACAAAGAAUUCCAAAAUCUCAAACUAUCAGAUCUCCAAGUACUAGCCACUUUGGGCGUCGGAGGUUUUGGCAGGGUCGAACUUGUCCAAGUUAAUAAUGAUUCAACUCGGUCAUUUGCUUUGAAACAAAUGAAAAAAAGUCAAAUUGUCGAGACGAGACAACAACAACAUAUCAUGUCUGAAAAAGAAAUUAUGGGUGAAGCUAAUUGUGACUUCAUAGUCAAACUGUUCAAGACGUUCAAAGAUCAAAAAUAUCUGUACAUGCUCAUGGAAUCGUGCCUUGGUGGAGAAUUGUGGACUAUAUUGAGAGACAGAGGACAUUUUGAUGACUCCACCACGCGAUUUUACACGGGUUGUGUGGUCGAAGCAUUUGAUUACUUGCAUUCUCGUAAUAUCAUUUACCGAGAUUUGAAACCUGAAAAUCUUCUCUUAGACAUAAGUGGUUAUGUCAAACUAGUGGAUUUCGGUUUUGCUAAAAAACUUCAGAAUGGAAGAAAAACUUGGACAUUCUGUGGUACACCCGAGUACGUCGCUCCGGAAGUGAUUCUCAACAGGGGUCAUGAUAUUAGCGCCGAUUACUGGUCAUUGGGAGUACUCAUGUUCGAACUACUUACCGGCACACCACCUUUCACCGGAGCCGAUCCUAUGAAAACUUACAAUAUUAUAUUAAAAGGAAUAGAUGCUAUUGAAUUCCCAAGAAAUAUUACUAGAAAUGCUAGAGUCUUAAUUAAAAAAUUAUGCAGAGACAAUCCAGCUGAAAGAUUAACUGAAGUACAAAAGCACAAAUGGUUUGAUGGUUUUAACUGGGAAGGACUUCGAAAUCGAACGCUUACCCCUCCAAUUCUACCAAAGGUGCGUAGUGCUAUAGACACAAGCAAUUUUGACAAUUAUCCACCUGAUGCAGACAGCCCUCCACCGGAUGACAAUUCAGGCUGGGACAUUAAUUUCUAAUUUCUAUUUUUAUGAUUAUAAUUCUUUGCCACACCAACAAUUUUACCUUAAAAACCCUUCUUUAAAUUCAAAUUACCAACCUUUAUUCUUUUAUAUAUUAUUUAUGUAUACAAUGUCAAACAUGCCCAACAUAUAAUAAUAAUAAUGAUAUAAUGUUGUUUUAGAAAUGCCCUUGAUAAAAAAAAAAAAAAAUUUGGAUUUAUAUUUUGGGUAUUUGAUGUUGUCUACCACUUUAUUAGUGAUACAUUGUUU